AUGAGCUCCAUGCAGUUCAACAAGGGCCCCUCAUACGGGCUGUCGGCCGAGGUCAAGAACCGGCUCCUGUCCAAAUAUGACCCUCAGAAGGAGGCAGAGCUCCGCACCUGGAUCGAGGGACUCACUGGCCUCUCCAUCGGCCCCGACUUCCAAAAGGGCUUGAAGGACAGAACUAUCUUAUGCACACUCAUGAACAAGCUACAGCCGGGCUCCGUCCCCAAGAUCAACUGCUCCAUGAAGAACUGGCACCAGCUAGAAAACCUGUCCAACUUCAUCAAGGCCAUGGUCAGCUACGGGAUGAACCCCGUGGACCUGUUCGAGGCCAAUGACCUGUUUGAGAGUGGGAACAUGACACAGGUGCAGGUGUCUCUUCUUGCCCUGGCGGGGAAGAUGGGCACCAACAAAUGCGCCAGCCAGUCGGGCAUGACUGCGUACAGCACGAGAAGGCAUUUCUUUGACCCCAAGAACCAUAUCCUGCCCCCCAUGGACCACUCGACCAUCAGCCUCCAGAUGGGCACAAACAAGUGUGCGAGCCAGGUGGGCAUGACGGCUCCCGGGACGCGGCGGUACAUCUAUGACACCAAGCUGGGAACCGAAAAGUGUGACAACUCCUCCAUGUCCCUGCAGAUGGGCUACACGCAGGGCGCCAACCAGAGCGGCCAGGUCUUUGGCCUGGGCCGACAGAUAUAUGACCCCAAGUAUUGCCCGCAAGGCACAGUGGCCGAUGGGGCUCCCUCAGGCGCCGGCGACUGCCCGGACCCGGGGGAGGUCCCUGAAUAUCCCCCUUACUACCAGGAGGAGGCCAGCUACUGAGGCUCCCAGCACGCUCUCUUCCCACAUCGUCUCCCCGUCUGGGUUUCUGGGUUUUUCAGUGUUUUCAUCUUUGUUUUUUUUCUUAGCCGGUUCAGUGCUGCCAAUCAACCAAGGGUCUGUGAGUGGCAGCGUGGGAUCAGGCAGCAGAGCUUUUUUCCCCUUUGCCUUGGUCCUUCGCAGGGCUGAGCCACUGUACUGUGGUGGAGGGAGGUCAAGGCCAUAUCCCGAUACGUGUAGGGCGUGUAGGGCGAGGGUCCCUGCUGGCACGUUCAGGCUGUGCUGGGGAGAAGAGACUAACCGGUUCCCAAAGGUUUCUGGUUGCCUCGCCUCUUCCCCCUUUUGUCAGCUGAGCAGUUUGUGGUUUCUCUGCAAGUUUCAGGAAGUAUUCACAAAA